AGAGACAGAGAGAGAGACAGAGAGAGAGCCUGCGGUGCGGUGUGGCUAGUCAGUGUCCAUCUGUCCCUGUCCGUUGACGCGACAGGUGUGGACAGCUGCAUGACAUCGGCAUCUGAGCAGCUCCAAGCUCGGACCAUGUAUAGAUUGGACCUCCCCGACGUUCUUCGCAUCGGACAACAAAAUCAUCCUCCACGCCCACGCCGCCAUCGCCGCUCCCACCACCCAUUCGCUCUCGAGCCGCCACCACCCGCUCGCUCGCGCCGCCACUCCCCGUCCUCUCGCGCCGCCACCACCUAUUCUCUCCCGCCGCCACGCCUCCCCCGGCCCUUCUACCGCACACACCCGCCAUGUCGCAGCAGUCGUCGAUAAAAACAUCGACCGUCGUCGCCGUCAGCGUCGGCACCGUCGUCACCGGCCUGCUCGCAUACGCCGUCUACUUUGACAGCAAGCGCCGGAACGACCCCGACUUCCGCAAGGCCCUGAAGAAGGAGAGCAAGCGCACCCAGCGCGCCGCAAAGGAGGAGGCCGCCCACCACGGCGCCGAGCAGAAGAAGCUGAUCCGCGACGCCGUCGCACAGGCGAACGAGGAGGGCUUCCCCAAGGACCCGGAGGAGAUCGAGGCCUACUUCAUGCAGGAGGUGGCCCAGGGCGAGGGCAUGGUGCAGAAGGGCGCAGACAACAUCGAGGCCGCGCUGUGCUUCUACCGCGCGCUAAAGGUCUACCCCAACCCGCGGGAGCUGAUCAACAUCUACGACAAGACGGUGCCCAAGCCCGUCCUCGACAUCCUCGCCGAGAUGAUCGCAGUCGACACAUCCAUCCCCGUCGGCGGCAGCAAGACACCCUCCGAGUCCGGGUCCGCCGGCGACCUGGAGUGAACUCUCUCCCACAUAGCAUCUGGCACUCGACGGACGACCCACUGUAAUAUUCUUGUACAUGUAAAUGGUUUGCACGCUGUCUGCUGUCACUGACAUGUUCUGAUAUGAUGAUGACGAUGGCGACGAUGAUGAUGAUGAUGAUGGUGAUGGUGAUGAUGGUGAUGGUGAUGGUGAUGGUGAUGGUGAUGGUGAUGGUGAUGGUGAUGGUGAUGGUGAUGGUGAUGGUGAUGGUGAUGGUGAUGGUGAU